AGCCCCCGGCCGGCCGCCCGCACCGCGUCCGCCCUCCUUCCCUCCCUCCCUCCACUGAUCCUGUCCCCCAUUCCCGGAUUAUUAACUCAGCAACCAGAGGCGACUGGAUCUACCGAGUCCUGGCCACCGGGCCCGGGCCGGGGCGCCCGGAGCGCUUGGGGAUCCUGCAAGGUGACCAUGGCCUUGCUGGGGAAGCACUGUGACAUCCCCACCAACGGCUGUGGGUCUGAGCGCUGGAACUCCACCUUUGCUCGCAAGGACGAACUCAUCAACAGUCUGGUGUCCGCCUUAGACUCCAUGUGCUCGGCGCUCUCCAAGCUGAACACGGAGGUGGCCUGCGUGGCGGUACACAAUGAGAGCGUCUUCGUGAUGGGCACCGAGAAGGGAAGGGUGUUCCUGAACACUCGGAAGGAGCUGCAGUCAGACUUCCUCAGGUUCUGCCGGGGACCCCUGUGGAACGAUCCAGAAGCAGGACACCCUAAAAAGGUGCAGCGCUGUGAAGGCGGUGGCCGGAACAUCCCGCGGUCCUCUCUGGAGCAGUGCUCGGAUGUGUACCUGCUGCAGAAGAUGGUAGAGGAAGUGUUUGAUGUUCUUUAUAGUGAGGCUAUGGGCAGGGCCACUGUGGUACCUUUGCCCUAUGAGAGGCUGCUCAGGGAGCCGGGGCUACUGGCCGUGCAGGGGCUGCCCGAGGGCCUGGCCUUCCGGAGACCAGCCGAGUAUGACCCCAAGGCGCUCAUGGCCAUAUUGGAGCACAGUCACCGAAUUCGGUUUAAGCUCAGGAGGCCUCCUGAUGACGGUGGUCAGGACACAAAGGUGGAGAUGAAUGGUAUCUCUCUGCUACCCAAGGGGUCCCGAGACUGUGGUCUGCAUGGCCAGGCCUCCAAGGUCGCUCCCCAAGACCUGACCCCCACCGCCACCCCAUCCUCCAUGGCCAACUUCCUGUACAGCACUUCGAUGCCCAACCACACCAUCCGGGAACUCAAGCAGGAGGUGCCAACCUGCCCGUUGACCCCCAGCGACCUGGGCAUGGGCUGGCCUGUGCCUGAGCCCCAUGUCCCCAGCACCCAAGAUUUCUCUGAUUGCUGUGGACAGACGCCUGCAGGGCCUGCUGGGCCUCUCAUCCAGAAUGUCCAUGCUUCCAAGCGCAUCCUCUUCUCCAUCGUCCAUGACAAGUCAGAGAAGUGGGAUCCCUUCAUCAAGGAAAUGGAGGACAUCAAUACCCUGCGGGAGUGCGUGCAGAUUCUGUUUAACAGCAGAUACGCGGAAGCCCUGGGCCUGGACCACAUGGUUCCUGUGCCCUAUAGGAAGAUUGCCUGUGACCCUGAGGCUGUGGAAAUUGUGGGUAUUCCAGACAAGAUCCCCUUCAAGCGACCCUGUACUUACGGAGUGCCGAAGCUAAAGAGGAUUCUGGAGGAGCGACACAGCAUUCACUUCAUUAUCAAGAGGAUGUUUGAUGAGCGUAUUUUCACAGGGAACAAGUUUACCAAAGAGCCCGUGAAGCUGGAGCCAGCUAGCCCACCAGGAGACACUUCCACGGAAGUCUGUAGGGACAGCAUGCUGGACCUGGCUGGGACUGCUUGGUCAGACAUGAGCAGCGUCUCUGAAGACUGUGGGCCAGGAACCUCAGGAGAGAUAGGAAUGUUGAGGCCCAUCAAAAUCGAGCCAGAGGAGCUGGACAUUAUUCAGGUUACUGUCUCAGAUCCUUCACCUACCUCUGAGGAGAUGACUGACUCGCUACCUGGGCAUCUGCCCUCAGAGGAUUCCGGUUAUGGAAUGGAAAUGCCAGCUGACAAAGGCCCCAGUGAGGAACCGUGGUCAGAAGAGAGGCCAGCGGAAGAGAGCCCUGGUGACGUGAUCCGGCCCCUACGGAAGCAGGUGGAGAUGCUGUUCAACACGAAAUAUGCCAAAGCCAUUGGUACCUCAGAGCCGGUCAAGGUGCCCUACUCCAAGUUCCUGAUGCACCCAGAGGAGCUGUUCGUACUGGGACUGCCUGAAGGCAUCUCUCUUCGGAGACCCAACUGCUUUGGGAUUGCCAAGCUGCGGAAGAUUCUGGAAGCUAGCAACAGCAUCCAGUUUGUCAUCAAGAGACCCGAACUGCUCACUGACGGGGUCAAAGAAUCUGUUCUGGACACUCAAGAGAGGGACUCCUGGGACCGUCUUGUGGACGAGACCCCGAAGAGACAGGGCCUUCAAGAAAAUUACAACACCAGACUCUCGCGGAUCGACAUUGCCAACACACUUAGAGAACAAGUCCAAGACCUGUUUAACAAGAAAUACGGUGAAGCUCUGGGCAUCAAAUACCCCGUGCAGGUGCCCUACAAGCGAAUCAAAAGCAAUCCAGGCUCAGUAAUCAUCGAAGGCCUGCCCCCCGGGAUCCCAUUCCGCAAACCCUGCACCUUUGGCUCCCAGAACCUGGAAAGGAUUCUCUCUGUGGCUGACAAGAUCAAGUUCACGGUCACCAGGCCAUUUCAAGGACUUAUCCCAAAGCCUGAUGAGGAUGAUGCCAACAGGCUGGGGGAGAAGGUGAUCCUCCGAGAGCAGGUGAAGGAGCUCUUCAAUGAGAAAUACGCAACAGACGAGAAGGAGAGACCUUCUAAUUGCGGCCUGGCUUCUGUCUUUUUCAGACCUUUUGGGGACGUCUGCAACAAUGCCAAGGUACCAGCCAAAGACAACAUUCCCAAGCGCAAGAGAAAGAGGGUCUCUGAAGGCAACUCAGUCUCCUCCUCUUCCUCCUCUUCUUCAUCCUCGUCCUCUAACCCAGAGUCUGUGGCAUCCACCAACCAGAUCUCCCUCGUGCAGUGGCCAGUGUACAUGGUGGACUAUUCCGGACUAAACGUGCAGCUUCCGGGCCCCCUUGAUUAUUAGACCUCAGAGCCGAAUCAGGACCUCAACUCAAAAGACUAAAGGAAAAUGUAAUUUAUGUACAAAGUAUAUUCGGAUAUGUAUCAAUGCCUUUUAGUUUUUCCAAUGAUUUUUACACUAUAUUCCUGCCACCAAGGCCUUUUUAAAUAAGUAAAGAAA